AUGAUGCCACUUCAGCGCCACAUCAAAAAUGUUGUUCACAACUACACAGAAGCAGAACGGAAAGUACGCGAAGCUACUUCAAAUGAUCCAUGGGGCCCAAGUAGCACAUUAAUGUCUGAAAUUGCGGAUAGAACUUACAACGUCAUCGCAUUUACCGAAAUUAUGCAGAUGAUUUGGAGGAGGUUAAAUGACAAAAGUAAAAACUGGCGGCACGUAUAUAAAGCUCUCAUUCUUCUGGAAUACAUCAUAAAAACGGGCAGUGACAAGGUCGCCGUUCAAUGCAGAGAGAAUAUACACGCCAUCGAGACUCUCAUGGAUUUCUACUAUGUGGAAGACGGAAAAGACGUGGGGAAUAGUGUGCGCGAAAAGGCGCGUAGUCUUAAUGCAUUGCUGCGUGACGAGGAACGACUCCAGGAGGAGCGGGCAAAGGCGCUACUUGCCCGCGAGCGUCUCAUGCAUGGUGGAGCCCUCGGGACCUCCGCCGCCGCUGCCUCAGCCUACUCUCCUCCUCUCUCCUUCCCUCGAGCUGCUUCCGCCUUCGGUGAUGAUCGCCGUCCUUCUUCCCAGCCCUCCUCACUCUCUGCUGCUACUGGUGGCAUCUCUAGUGACUUGGAUUCUGCACAACCACAGUCUUACACGGAGGAGCAGUUACAACUUCAACUAGCUCUUGCCAUCAGCAAGGAAGAGCACGAACGGGAGCUACAGAAGCGGCACGAGGAGGAGGCUAAGGAGGCCCUAAAACUUCAGAUGGUCCUAGAGCAGAGCAAGCGCGAAGAACAGAACCGCUCAGCAGCAGCCUCUUCACUUAUUUCGGAGGCUAAUUCGACCGGCGGUGGUGGCUCUACCUCACUGACAGGCAAUGGGGGAGGCCUCUUCAGCCUAAUUGAUACGUCACUCUCUGCCGCACCGGCCAAUGUGCCCGAUCCUUGGUCUACCAUCGUCCCUGCUCCUGCCACGGCUACCACCGUCCCCAGCAAUAGCAAUAAUAGCAAUGCCCUCGUCGCUGCCACUCUGCCCUUGGAUAAUUCCACUCACCUCCAGUCAAACAACACCAACAGCAGUGGUGGCGUUGGAAACCAACUCAGCCUCAUUGACUCUCCCUGGACUCCCAAGGCAAAGUGUCCGCUGUGUUCUUAUUGCUCUUUCCUUUGUACAGAAACCCUGCAGUCCCAACAAUCACACACCGUUCCGGUUGCAAAUAACAACCCCUGGGCUGCAUUAGAUCCCGUUGAGGCAGUCUUUCCUUCUACUGGCUCCACAUUCGCUCAGAAUGGCACUAGCAGCUGUGUCGGUCCUAUUACCAACGCUGUUGUCACUGCUACACCAACUGCGGCGUCCACUACCUCAUCAAACGAUGCAGCGGCACCGUCAGCACCUGCGGCGACGGGUACACCGAUGCGUAAACGCACACCCGCUGACUUCUUAGGGGACCAUAAGGACCUUGUGGAUUUGGAGAAAUUGGUGGAUCGAAAUCCAGCUUCCACAAAUCCCUUCGCGACAAGUACGCGUUCACUGACGGGACAGUCGACGAACCCCUUUAGUGCAAAUCAACCGCCAAAACCGUCGUUGAAUCAACUAAGUUCUGCUGCUGCCGCUGCCGCUGCUAACGGAAUAGCAAUGAACACUUUGGGGAGUCGAUCGUCCUCAGCUUUCACCUCCUUCACGCCCCAACGCUCUCCCUUUAUGACUUCCGGAUCUAUCUUCUUUCCCGGUCAGGUAGCUCCCGCCUCCACCGGUGCCCCACAACAACCACAGCUGCCACAACAACAACAACAAAGCCUCAACCCUUUCUUCUGA